AUGUUCAUACGGCUGGCCCGGCUCCCCAUCAGGCUCUGGAAGCGAUCGUCCAGAAUUGCCUUACGAUUCAAUUCAUCCACGGCUAAGACGCCAGAAACCAAGUCGAACAAACUAGAGCUAUCGCCAAUUACAUCUGUUACUGAUGGCCUCAAAAAGUACGUCAGGUGGUAUCCGUACGACACUGUCACCUACUCCACGAUACAAUCGUUCUUGGGGUUACGCAGAAAUACAACAAAAUCAGAGAAGAUUCUUGUGGGACUUCUAUAUGAGUCGGACGAAGUUCGCAAAACUUCUCGUGUCAUAGAAUCACUUUUGGCAGACCCAUUGUCUUCCAAUAAUGAGGAGUGGUUUAGACCUUUGGCAAAUCGUUCGAGAGAAAAGAACAAUUUGAUUCAUAUCCAGGAUCCUGAUCCAAGCGAGUUCAUCCUUCCGGGAGCCUUCGAGCGCACAGUAACGAAAUAUAACGUGCCCUCUCCAAUGUUGAUUCCGGAGCUCAGACGAACAUAUCCAGAAGUGUUCGAACCUCUGAGUACCACACCUAACAGUUUGGCUCUUCUAGAGAUCAAUAGGGAAAGCGAUGUCCAUAAGCUCACUGACAAUUGCCAAUUCUUCAUUUAUGUCACCAGUGAAUUCUCUACGCUCAUGGAUAAUCUUCCUCGCCAUGUUCAGAAGAAGAUAAUGCUUACUAUCAUCGACAACACCGAGUUCACACCACAUUCUGCCGAACUGACGCCGGUAACAUUCGAACGGUCAAAUUCUGUAACUCACCACUCGAUCAAAAUCAAUUCCAAAACGGCUUUUGCGGGCAUUGAGUUGUUCCUCAAAGAAGACACCAAAGCAGCAUCAGAGUACUUUAAUGCAUUACAAGAAAGCAACAUUAUUGAAGCCGGCAAAUUCCUACUGUGGUAUUUGCGUACCGAAAACUUGACCUCGUGGAUGUUCCAUGUCAUUUGUACUGAGAUCGCGAGGAACAGUUUGUCAGAAACAAGAAUUACUCAAAUCUACGACGAUCUCAAGUUAAACAGUUUGGUUGAGUGCAGCGCAUCUAUGCAUGAGGAGCUUCAAAGGACAUUGAUACCCAAAACAAAUGAGUUUUUUGAUAAGAAGCUCAGGUGGUACAUGUUGUAUUGGAGGAACGACAAUGUGGAGUACUGGCUCAAAGACUUCUUUCAGGCAAACUUUAUGCCCAAAAGUAUAGAGAGCUACAACUAUGUUCGUGGUCAACUCACUGCUAGGCUUCAAGAACAAAAGUUUGCAGCAUACUCUGAUAAGACUGGCGUUUUGAAUCCAUUGAAAGCAUUCAAGAGGACGCUAGUAAACGAGCGUAUUGCCAACGAAAUUCAGCCAGUGGUAUACAGCUGCCUCGCCUUAGGUUUCAUAUACUACCAGCUUCCCUUGACAGUCUUGUCAAUUUUGGGAUACUUAUUUGUUGGUCUUCAAGCCAACACAGCUUUUGCAAUUGGCUUAUUGGGAUGGGUUUUAGGGUUCAAUCAUGUUUCCCGUGAAUGGGAUAACUUCACGAAAAAUUGGAGGAAGAAUUUCUUCGAAGAGGUCAGAAUCGUUAUCAGUAAAGGAUGUGUCGAUGACGGCUUAUUGAAGGAAUUGGACUCUAGGUAUGAAGAGAGUCGGAUGUUGGCGAUGAUAAAGCAACAGGUUCUCGAUUCUCUCCAGAAAUAUAAAUAG